AUGAGAGCUUCAAGCCUACUUAGCUGCCCGAUGGGGUGGUCCGCCACAAUCCUCCUGAUAUGCACAUUCACUACGGCCUUUAGAUUUGAUUUAUUUCCACGAGACUUUCAAACACUGUUCAGGCGAAGUCUUCCGGGUGCUCUGGCGGUAGCCCCUCAAGGUGCAGUGGGCUACUAUCAACCUCCACCAGGGCCUGUCACCUACAAUUACAACCAUUUGCCGUUGCCAACCUGGCCCGUCGCAGCUACAAUGGGGACUGCGACCACGCCGACUACUACCCGCAAAGCAUCUCAAGGAGCGGUUGAGGGCUCAGUGCGAACGGGUGACGUGCCAGUGAAUGUUCCACGAAAGAACGUCGCUAUCGUAACCGGAACUGUCACAAGGCCUGGCGCGGUCAUGGCUGCGACACAGACAGCAAUGGCCCGCAGGGAUGCGGUCAUAGCAUCGACUAGCUUGGUGUUUUCUGUUUUCCUUGCAGCAGUGCUGGUUUGACUGCACAAAAAAAUUGGUUUCGAUGGGGCGAAUUUGCUGGUAGUUAUUUAAAACUGUGCUUGUGGCCCUCUACAAAAGUUAUUAUUUUAAGCGCGCG